AUGGCGGUUGGUUACACAAGUCUUUCAGCUUUUUACCUUCUUCUUGUAUCUUUCUCAACUCUCCUAACAAUUUCAUUCACUGUGAGAGACGAACUCCAAACGGCUUCGGAUGGCUUUCCCUUGUGGCUUACUAAUGAUGAUGACAAGAAGAUUAUAGGUGGCAAUACCAAGUUCCUCAAGAUGAAAGCCGACAUAGUAGUUGCCAAAGACGGGACCGGAAACUAUACAACGCUAAAUGAAGCGAUAUCUGUUGUACCUGAGAACAACAAGAAAAGAUUUAUCGUCUAUGUGAAAAAAGGCGUUUACAAGGAAACAAUUGUAAUUGAAAAAAGGAAGACGAAUUUAAUGCUCAUAGGCGACGGUAGAGACAUAACAAUUCUUACUGGCAAUUUAAACGCCAAGGAUGGAUACUCUGUCGAAGAAUCUGCCACGUUUGCCACUAACGCCAACGGAUUUAUGGCGCUAGACAUUUGGUUCCAAAACACGGCUGGGCCAGCUAAGGGACAGGCGGUUGCUCUUCGAGUGUCUGCCGAUGUUUCGGUCAUAUACCGUUGUCGAAUAGAUGGCUACCAAGAUACACUUUUUGCUGACAUGUAUCGCCAGUUCUAUCGUAAUUGUUAUAUCACAGGAACAAUUGAUUUUAUCUUUGGAGAUGCUGCAGCAGUGUUUCAAAAAUGUGAGAUUGUGGCGCGAAAGCCUAUGCACGGACAGAGCAACGUACUGAUGUCUCAGGGACGCAUUGACCCGGCCAAAAACUCUGGCUUCUCGCUUCAAAGGUGUGCGAUAACAGCAAGUUUGGAUCUUGCUCCGGUCAAAGGAACAAUAAAAUCAUUCUUAGGACGUCCGUGGAAAAAAUUCUCCAGAGUGGUAAUAAUGCAGUCUUUCAUAGACGAUUUUAUUGAUUUGGCAGGGUGGACUCCUAUGGACAAUGAUGUCGGACGUUUAUCGACGUUAUUCUUUGGUGAGUAUGAGAACAAGGGUCCUGGAGCAAAUACUAGAAGAAGGGUUAAAUGGCACGGAUACAAAAUUAUUACUGAUCCGAAGGAGGCAUCGAAAUUCACAGUGGCAAGUCUUAUUAACGGUCACUUGUGGCUUAAUUCGACAGGAGUACCUUACAAAGAAGGACUCUAA